AUGUCUGCAGCAGCAGGUGCUCAGGCCCGCGGCUGCGGUGCAGUGGGUCUACCUGGAGCAAAUCCUUACAAAGCUUUUUAUUCUAUGGUUCGUACAAAGCCUGUCUCUGUAUUAAGACAGACAUUGCUGCAGCAAUUAGCUUUACAUCUUCAGCAGCUGCAGCAGCAGCAUCCUCUACCUGCUGGUGCGGAUGCAGCACAGCAUUUGCAGCAGCUUCAGCAGCUGCAGCAGCAGCAGGCGAAGCGUUAUUUAGCGGAUGGGCCUGGUAAUGCAACAGUUUUAUUCGAAGCUGCACAAAGAAAAACAGAUGCCGAAGCACUUGAAGUUUCUCGGCUGCUUAUCGAUGAAUUUGGUGUAGCAGACCCUAAUGCGACAGACCGCAUGCAGCAAACUUGUCUCUUCUAUGCUGCUAGAGAAGGUCAUGCAGAACUAUGCCGGUAUUUGUUAGCGAAGGGUUCAAACGCGAAUGCGAGAGACUCUGUUGCGGCGGGUGCUGCUGCUCCACCAACAGCUGCAACAGCAGCAGGAUACGAUAUGCAGCAGCAGCAGCAAAUGCUGCAGCAUCCUGGUGGCAGCACUUCAGCAGCAACUGCAGGGAGUUUGCUGCUGGGCAGCGGCAGCAUGGGUACUUCACCGUUUGACGUGCAGCAAGCGCAGCAACAGCAGCAGCAGCAGCAGCAGCAGCUGUUGCUGCAGCAGCAGGGACGUAGCUGCAGCAUUUUAACUGCUUCUUCUAGCGGAGGCUUUGCAGAUGAAGGCCCUGUUAGAAAAAAAUAUAAACUACAGUAUCAGCCGCUGCCAGCUGAGCUUCCAGGUGUAUGGGUAGAUUGUCCUUAUGAAAAGAUAGAAGAGUUUGAGCGUUUAUUUCCUUCUGUAGCUGUAUGGCCUGCUGCUGCUGCUGCUGCUGCUGCAGCUGCUGCUGCAGCAGCAGCAGAAGGAACAGCAGCAACAGCAGCAGGAGGAUCUCCUGUAGGUGAAGGCGGUACAGCAACAACAGCAGCAACACCUGCAGCAGCAGCAGGAGCACCACCAUCAGCAGCAUCAGCAGUAUCAUCAGGAGGAGGAGGAGCAGCAGCAGCAGCAGCAGGAGGAGAUUUAAGUGCUGCUGCAUGCAUAUGCAGAUGCGAAGCUUUGAUGGGCUCGUGGAUAUCUUGCGCAAAUGCAUUAUUAAGUACUCUGAGUAAAUAUGAAGGCGGACAUAUAUUUGAGAAGCCUGUCGAUAGAAAAGUAGCACCAGGGUAUUAUGAUGUCGUGGUGGUGAUGCGUUUUAACGAGCAUGUGAGCGCCUUCAACAAAAUAUAUGCAGCACUGCAGCAAGUCGCGCAGCAAAAUGAACUGUGCAGGCAGCAGCAGCAGCAGCAGCAGCAGCAGCAGCAGCAGCAGCAAGGAGCUCAAGAUGCUCCUCUCCCCCUUAAGGCAGAACAUACAGAAGGGGUAGCAGCACCUGCUGCAGCCGAUGCGGCUGCUACUGCUGCAGCAGCAGCAGCACCACCUGCUGCAGCAGCGGCAGCACCUGCUGCAGCAGCAGCAGCACCUGCUACUGCAGCGACAGCACCUGCUGCUGCAGCACCUCCAGCUGCUGCUGCUACUGCGGCUCCGGCUGCUGCUGCUGCUGAUCCUGCUGCUGCUGCAGCGACUGCACCCAGUGAAGCGCCAACGGAUGCUGCCGCAGCAGCAACACCAGCAGCAGGGCAGAAAGCUGCAGCAGCCGCUGCUGCCCCGCCGGUGACAGCAGCACCAGCUGCAGCAGCAGCACCAACAGCAGCAACAGCUGGAGCGGUGCCUCCUGCUGCAGCAGGGAUGGCGACAGAGGCGCCAGCAGCAGCAGCAGCAACAGCAGCAGCAGCAGAAACAAUGUCCCAGAGUUAG